AACAGAAUUGACACUGACCACUUUGGAAGUUGAGCCACUGGACUACUCACCACACAGACGGACUAGAUAUGGGACUGAAUAGCGUUGAAAAGCUGGUCACUGGUAAGAGGUGUGAGGGGAAGGGGGCAGGCGAGCACCUGUCAGGAGCGUUUUCAAAGAGUCUGUACGAGGCAGCCGUCAACCAGGAGAAACAGGAUGCCCAGAGGUCACACAAAGACUUCAUCCCAGAAGAGAAUGAGAACAACACUCAGGAGGAGAUCACAGUUGUCAAUCUCAAUACAGACAAAUCAGGCCGGGUGAAGAUAGAGACCGUGGAUGACCUUUUCAACAUCGCGAAACUGAGGAAGAGGAGGAGGGAGAGGAAGGUGCAGAACAAGAAAGAACCUGAGCCAGAGAUCAUUUGGAUGAAGACACGUUCCUGAAAGCAGCAAUGGAGAAUAAGUUGCUUGUGAUUGAGAAUUACCUGUCAGGUGGAGGUGACCCCAACGUCAGUGAUCAUUUCCUAAGGACAGCGCUAC